AUGGCUACCUCUUUGCUGACAGGGAUUCUUCGCACGCUGGUCCUCAUCUCUGUCAUGGCUAUCACAUGCAUCUUUAUCAGCACCUACACCAAAUUCAACAUGAAAACCUUCCACCCUCCCCGCUGGAUCGCAUUGAUGAAGACGAAGUGUGGCCUCCUCAAGACCUGUGCAGCCAACUUCUUUGCAUUUAAAAUGAAGAGCGGGGCUGCCAACGUUGUGGGUCCCUCCUUGUGCUUCGAAGACCAAACCAUCAUGAGUCCUGUGAAAGACAAUGUGGGCAGGGGCCUGAACAUCGUCCUGGUGAACGGAAGCUCCGGGGCCAUACUGAAACACGACUCUUUUGACAUGUACUCUGGAGAUCCUCUGCUUCUGCUGAAAUUCCUUAAAGAAAUUCCCGACGGCGUGCUGGUGCUGGUGGCCUCCUACGAUGACCCAGGGAGCAAACUGAAUGAUGAAAUCAGGGAGAUCUUCUCCAACUUGGGCAGUAACUAUGCAAAGCAACUAGGCUUCCGGGACAGCUGGGUCUUCUUAGGGGCCAAAGACCUCAAGAAUAAAAGCCCCUAUGAGCAGUACUUAAAGAACAACGCAGACUUUAACAAAUACGACGGCUGGCCGGAGAUGCUAGAGAUGGAGGGCUGUGUGCCCAGGAAGGGAGACCCCUGGGUGCGCCUCUUCUGCCCCUGGGUGCACCUCUUCUGCCCCUGGGUGCGCCUCUUCUGCCCCUGGGUGCGCCUCUUCUGCCCCUGGGUGCGCCUCUUCUGCCCCUGGGUGCGCCUCUUCUGCCCUGCAGAGAAAAGGACUGCUGUCUGGCUGCCCGGUGGGUCCUCAGCCGAGAGAUACUGA